UUCAGGAUUAUAACAACUGGAUACCAGGAAUGACAAAACAAAAAGAUCAAAAAUAUAAAACAAAAAGACCCGAAAUACUGGAAAUAGCAACCGAAUUUUAUCAAGAUCUGUAUGACGAUGAAAUCCUACCAACACUCGAUAAAUAUCUUGAUAACAAAGACGAAGUAGGGGACAUCCCACCAAUCAUGGAAAACGAAAUAGUUAAAGCCAUUGAAUCACAAAAAACUAAAAAAGCACCUGGUGAAGAUGGUAUCUCAAACGAAUUAUUACAAGGCUCCUUAGAUGGCAUAACUAGUGGAUUACAUACUAUAUAUAACGAAAUCCUCAGUCAAGAAAUAAUACCAAUACAAUGGGCAAAAUCUACAAUAAUUCUGCUUCACAAGAAAGGUACAAAAGACGACAUCAACAACUAUAGACUAGACUUGCNAAACAGAGUGACUGUAGCUUGGAAAAGAUACUGGUCUCUUAAAGUCAUAACAAAAAACGGGUCUAUUCCACUACCACUCAAAAGCAAAGUAUUUAAUACAAAUAUACUUCCGACUAUGACGUAUGGGUGUCAGACCUGGGCUUUAACUCAGAAGAACAUCAAAAAACUGCAGACAUGCCAACAUAGUAUGGAGAGAAGCAUGCUACAUGUUAAAAGAAAGGAUAAAAUAAAAUUAAAAGAUAUUCGUAUGAAAACAAAAGUAACGGAUGUAUCAUACACAAUUAAAAAAUUAAAGUGGAAAUGGAUAGGUCAUUUAAUAAGAAGCAAAACAGAAAAAUGGGCUAAAUUAGUAACUGAAUGGUACCCUCGAGAGGGGAAAAGAUUAAAAGGACGACCGUUCCAAAGGUGGGUAGACGAUAUAAAAGCUGUUGCAGGCUCUACGUGGAAGAGGAAAUUCCACGAUCGGAACUUAUGGCAGGAUUUGGGGGAGACAAAACGAAAAAUAUUGAAUAUCUCGAUAACGAGACACUUUGGUAUUAGGGACAUUAGGGGUAAUUUUGUUGGAAAUUAG